CAACCAGCAAGAAGGAAAAAAGGAUUGAGGUCAAUGUGAAAAACACAACAAAGGACCGAUGUCGCCUCGCGAGCUGCCAUGAUGAGCGGAAGGAGGUGGUGCAUAUUGUUUAAACAGUUGACAUUCGAACAGCUUCAUUCACAAUUUAGCCGGCCGUGGUAUUAUCCAUUGACCUAGUUAAUUUUGCGUCGCGUUAAUUUAAAGAGAUUUUAUUCUUUUUUUGACAAACGUUUCCUUGGGUAUUCGGAUUUAACCAGGAAUAUCAACUACGUUUCCAUUCCCGCUGUUAACGUUAACGUUAAUGCAUGUCAGCAUGAAGACUUGAAGCCGCACACGUGAUCCUGACACUGCUGUGAAAUUUCAGUUGCAUUUUUUUGAAUUGGAAAGAACAAAUGUAAGGCUUUGCCUACCAUAUGUUUGAUGAGGAAAGAGGAAAAUUGCCAAUGGCCUACAUGAUGGAUGUGUCUCAUCUUGAUUGUGGAAAUCAAAGUAUCCAAAACCUCUCCCUCUUCAGAGGAACACAACAUAUCCUUGGCCAAGUGUACCCCCAGAGUAUUGACUUUAUUUGACCAAGAAGACUACUAAAAUAACAGGAAAAGGUACAAAGCAGACAUUGAUUUUAAACAACUUCUUAAGGUCUGUCCAGCGCAUAUUUUUCUGUUUGGGCUGAACCUGUAUGGAUGGGAUAUAAUUUCUGACACAUCUGCUCCCCCAUGUGGGUGCUGAGAUGUCUGACAACCUCAGUAAGAUGGUUAAAUUCCUAUCCCCCCAAUCAAAGAAUGCUAGCGGCUCUGGCUCGGACUCGCUGUUGGGCGAGGUCCGCCGACGGCGCCACAAUGUCGAGCGGGAGCUCCUCAAGGCUGAGCACCGUUUCUUCCGCCGUAGCGUCAUCAGCGACUCCAACACCACUGCCUUGGAGCUGCCCAGCAAAGCUUGCGUCCUCGCCUCACCACCUGAUUGCAAACGUGGCCUCCCUCCAGCCAACUCCGUUAGUGCUGGAGCCGUCCCAGUGUCUGCAGGUCAGUGUGCAGCGGUGGCAGAGGAGCAGCCGGUGGAAGUUCAAGAGUCAGCUGGAGAGCCCAGGGGGGAUGUUUCAGCACAGGAACCGCAGCCCCUCUCACUGAUGGGCUGUGAUGGAGAGCGGGCGCCAGCCGUCUCCCAAGACCCGCCCAGCGAGGCCUCCGAGCUGGAGUCUGGGAGCAGCUUUGUGGGCCAAGGGGAAGAUGAGCGUGAGGAGGAGGAGGACGAUGGGAAAGAGGCAGAGAAGACUCGUAGUGAGGCUGAACAGAGAGAGUUGGAGAAGAAAGUGCAGGAUGAAGAGGAGGUGGAGACCAAGGCUGUGGGCACAUCUCCUGAAGGCCGCUUCUUGAAGUUUGACAUUGAAAUUGGACGUGGCUCAUUCAAGACCGUCUACAAAGGCCUAGACACAGAGACUACUGUGGAAGUGGCCUGGUGUGAGCUACAGGAUCGUAAGCUGUCCAAGUCUGAGCGCCAGCGCUUCAAGGAGGAGGCCAGUAUGCUGAAGGGGCUUCAGCACCCCAACAUCGUGCGCUUUUAUGAUUUCUGGGAGGCACCUUCCAAGGGCAAGAAAUGCAUCGUCCUAGUGACUGAACUGAUGACCUCUGGCACCCUGAAAACGUACCUGAGACGAUUCAAGGAGAUGAAGAUCAAAGUCUUGCGCAGCUGGUGUCGGCAGAUCCUGAAGGGCCUGCAUUUCCUCCACACAAGGGCUCCGCCUAUAAUCCACCGCGACCUCAAGUGUGACAACAUCUUCAUCACCGGUCCUACUGGCUCUGUCAAGAUCGGUGACCUGGGUCUGGCCACGUUGAAGAGAGCCUCGUUUGCCAAGAGUGUCAUAGGUACCCCAGAGUUCAUGGCUCCAGAGAUGUAUGAGGAGAAGUAUGACGAGUCAGUGGAUGUCUAUGCCUUUGGGAUGUGCAUGCUGGAGAUGGCUACCUCUGAGUACCCGUACUCCGAGUGCCAGAAUGCGGCACAGAUCUAUCGCAGAGUCACCAGCGGGGUAAAACCUGGCAGCUUUGAUAAGGUAGCCUUCCCUGAAGUCAAGGAGAUCAUCGAAGGUUGCAUCCGUCAAAACAAAGACGAGAGAUACGCAAUCAAAGACCUCCUAGGCCACGCCUUCUUCCAAGAGGAGACUGGUGUCCGUGUGGAGUUGGCUGAAGAGGAUGAUGGUGUUGUGGUCGCCAUUAAACUCUGGCUGCGCAUUGAAGAUGUCAAGAAGCUCAAGGGGAAGUACAAGGACAACGAGGCCAUUGAAUUCUCCUUUGACCUCCUGAAGGACGUUCCGGAGGACGUGGCGCAGGAAAUGGUGGACUCUGGCUACGUCUGUGAGGCUGACCAUAAGACCAUGGCCAAGGCCAUCAAAGACCGCGUGGCUCAGAUCUGUCGGAAGCGGGAAAUGCGGCAGCUGGUGCAAGAGAAGCAGGAGAAGAAGAAGAAGCAGGAGGAGGAGUCAGUGGAGCAGCAAAGGGAGGCUCCUCCGCCUGCCACAGGGGCUGCUCCUGCUCCUGCUCCAGCUCCUGCAGCGGCUCCAACCGAGUCAGAGGAGCCAGAGGCAGACCAGCACCAACUCCAGCAGAACGCUGCUCCUCACACCACCAUGGAAGGGGCUCAGGGUUCCAUGAUCCUGACAGAGUCCCACGGCUACCUGUCGCCACAGCAACCUCCAUCCACGGGCCCAGCACAGAGCAGCCCAGCCCAGAUCCCAGUGCAGCACAGCACAGGCCAGUCUAGCAUGGGUCCAGUCCCAGUGCCACACACCUCCAGCACCCUUCCGGUUGUCCCUGGUAGCCAGAGUGGAGCAGAAGCACAGCAACAGCUUGGCGUGUCAACGCAGCACCAGUCCCACCAUGAGGACGGCACCGCUGGCCAGAGCUCUCACACACAGAGUCUGACUCUGCAGGGAGCGCUGCUACAGCAGACUUGGGCUACUGAGCUGAGCCCGCCUGUGUUCUCUCCACCACCCAACGCUGAGCAUCUCUAUUUUCUCUAUCAGGCUGCUCAGACCUCUAUGGGUGCACUGCAUUCUUUGACAGCGGAGCAGACAGCAGGGCAACAACCACUGAUGGCACCCUCCACCGAGAGUGGCCACUCGGAUGCGGCCUCUGGCCUGAGUGAUGGCAAUGACACCGGGGGCAGACACGAGGGCCGCUCCAUGAAGCGCCAUCAUCGCCGGUCCGUGCGCAGUCGCUCACGGCACGACAAGAUACCCAAAGCCAAGCUUGAUGUGCUCAACAUCUCAAACAUUGGAGACAGAGUGGCGGAAUGCCAGUUGGAAACACACAACCGGAAAAUGGUGACUUUCAAGUUUGACUUGGACGGUGAUAAUCCAGAAGAAAUAGCACAGAUAAUGGUCCUGAGUGAGUUCAUCCUGGAGAGUGAGCGGGAAUCGUUCAUUGAGCAGGUCCGUGAGGUCAUCGAGAUGGCUGAUGAGAAAGGAGAGCGCAUGCUGAAGGAAGGCUACACACAGGUUAUGGAACCACAGAUCCCUGGGAUAUCGACUCCACAUGGAGCUGGUGAACCACCUCUGAGUUUGGCUGCCCAGGUGGUCCACUCAGCUGGCCGCCGCUUCAUUGUCAGUCCAGUUCCAGAGGCUCGACUCAGAGAGUCAUUCUUUGGACACCCAUCAGCCAACAAGUCACUUGACGAUGGAACACCAGAUCCAAGGCCAGCCACUGGUCCCAGCUCAGGCAGUGUGCAAAAUGAGCAGAGCACUGCUGCAGUGAGCUCUUACCCAGCCCCGCCUCAGCCCAGCCCAGCCAGCAGCACUCCGGCCCCUGCCCCUGCCCCUGCCCUGCACCACACGCCGGCCCCUGCCCCUGCCCUGCACCACACGCCGGCACCAGAGGCGUCCGCGGGGCCCGGCCUCGUGUCUCCACCGGCGGGGAGGGUCUCUCCAACUGCCAGCGCCCCUGCGCUCUCUGCAGAGAGUGGCGGUGCCAUUGCGAACAUGAGUGGUGUCAACACGGAGCAGGCGGCGGCGUCCAUGCCCACUGCCUCCGCCGUCCCCUCAGGGCCACAGGUGCCCAGCGUCCAGCAGCCCGUCCCCGGUGUGUGUGGGGAGAGUGAGGGCGAGUCCCAGUCCAAGUCUCCAGGCAUCGAGGACAUCCAUGCCCUGGACAAAAAGCUGCGCUCUCUCUUCAUGGACCAGAACUCUGUGUCCAGCUCGUCCAGCCAGCCAGAUAACGUGGCCACUGACUCCUUGUCCUCUCCACCCAGCACAAUGACGUCUUCCCCUCCCCUGGGGGCAGCCAAUCAGGCGCAACCUGCCAGUCAGCCUCUGUCCAGUGGGCAGUCAGACAGUGGGCAGUCAGUGUCCACUUCUGCCCAUGCAGGGAUGCCAGGAGACCCAGGUGCAUCAAAUACACAGUCCUCUGUAAGUUCCGUCCAAGAUGGACAGCCAGCUGUUCCUGGGGACAAGCAGCCAGCAAUUCCACCCCCUACUGGUGGCUUCCAACUGGGACGCUUUCAGGUGUCUGUUGCAUCUGAUGAGGCCCAAAGCAGUGCCCCGAAGCCCUCAACCACGGGCUCCUCUUCGUCAGCCACUCCAUCAUCCUCUUCCUCAUCGUCCUCCUCAUCGUCCUCCCUCUCAAGCCCUGAGAACACACUACACAAAUCUCAGCAUCUGCCCAAACCGGAGAUCAAAGUGGACACCAAGACUGCCCCCACCACCAUUGGCCGAUUUCAGGUCAUGAUUAGCGCCGAUAAUGAAUCGGGUCAGGCUACAGAAGAGCCCUCGGCUGCCCACAGCCACCACAGUGCAGCGCCGGGCUCGGACACCAAGACCCCUUCAAGCAGCCAGCACACCCCAUGCAGCUACUACAUCAGCAGCGACAACGACUCUGAGCCAGAGGAUGAGACCUUCAAGAGGGAGGUCACCCAGAUCAGAGAGAGGCAUAUGAGCGAGAUCCGCACCUUACACCUGCGCCAGAAGGAGGAGAUUGACGCUCUGUUUGCUCGGCUGGGCAGAGCGCCGCCCGCAGUGGUUGCUCCGCCCACUGUAAACAUGUCUGGCGGCAGACGCAGAGUCCCCAAAGGCAAAAGCUGCAAGUCUGGCAAAUGUGGCAGUGCCCAGGCCAGCCCGCAGCACAAAGGUGACAAAACCACAGCCCAGGUUCCAGCAUCCGUGACGACAACAUCUGGAGGGACCAACAACACUACGACUACUAGAGUGACCAAUCAAAAUGCACAUUCACAGAGUUCAAAUGGAAUAGGAAGUGGACCAGCCCAUGGGCCCAACCUCUCCCAGGGUCAUGCUCCUGCCACCCAGAGCCGAAAGGGCACCUUCACAGAUGACCUCCACCAGCUGGUGGAUAACUGGGCACGAGAUGCCAUCAGUCUUGCACAGGUCAAAAAGGUGCCCAAGCAGAACGCUCAAGGCCCUGAUAUGAUGACCCGUAAGUUCUCGGCGCCAGGCCAGCUCUGCUCCAUGGGGGGCCCCAUGGCCGCUCCGGUUGUGUUGCCGUCAGGCGCGCGAAAGGGCUCCCUGUGCCUGGCACCCCAGCAGUUUGGCUACCCCUGCACCCCAUACAGCGGUGCGCCACAGUGGGCCAACCCUGCCGCACCUUCCCAAGUGGGCCUGCUGGGGGCACUGCAGCCCAACGCCACUCCCAUCUCCCUGCAGCAGGGCUACCACAUAGGGACCAACCACAAGGCCAGCAGUGGCAACAGCACUGUUGGGAGAACUACCCAGGCUAGUUGAAACCAGAGAGGGCAGCACGCAUUACAGUGGUCAUGAUUAGGAUCAUCUACCAAUACUAUCACUCAUAUACAUAUAUAAGUACACCAGGAGCGUCAUUUGCCACAAAGCAGAUCUGAGUUGUGUUUCAAGCUUGUAAGGAGGCAAGGAAUUGUUUAUGGAGCAUGUAGAAUAAGAAUGGUUUUGGAUUAACUGGCAACACUGUACAAGAUAAUGGGAAAACUCCCCAACUGUUCACUGUUAAUGAAUGUUAUUUUUGUCAUCUGAACCAUUUAUGAUGGGAAGAAAUCAAGGAGGUUGACUUCACUGACAGAUUUCCUAUUUAAUCUUUUUACCAUCCAUCAGUGAUUGUUAACCGUAUGUUGAUGAGGAUGCCUUCUUGUUGGUGUAUAUCUGUCUGGCGUGUGACUAUUGUGACCAAGUUGGUGUGGCAGCAGACUAGAAUGAGGGGAGGGUUGAGCUGUAGGAAUGUUGUCAGAUGGAUGUUGGGUAAUGUUUGAGUAACGUCAGGCCCACUGUGGAGGGGAACCUGGGAGAAACCAAAAGACUGUAGGUAAUAAGCUGAGCGGGACUAGCUGGUAAACACUGUGGAGGGCAUUUUAGAUUUAUUUCUGUAUUACUAUUAUGUUAAUCAUGGAAAACAUUAGGGGACCUCUCUGUUUACUUAGAAGUACUUCUAUAUUGUCACUUUAUACUUAAAUGUUAAACCACAUAGAGAUAUGUGCAAUUUGGGAGGCAGUGAGAACAAGGGCGUUGAAGUACUUACAUGGAUUUGGAACACGUGUCCAUUUUUAUUAUGUGUAUAUAUAUAUUAACAUAAUUUUUCAUUAUUGAAGUGUUGUAUCUUACUGACACAGAUUCAUCCCUUCUGCCACAAACUUUUGCUUGUUCAUAUUCAUCAGAUAAUAUUGACCCUGGAUACUUGAGAAAAGGAGUACGAGAUGAAUAGUGGUUGUUGAUUUGCUCAGCCUUACAGGUUCAGCAGAUCUAUGGGAUGCCUUUAAAACAAAUUCACAUUGCCCUAUCAGACUGCUUUUGGAGCUAAACUUGUCCACCCUUGAAGCACACGGGGAUGCUGUGUGUUUCCCUUAACUGUUCUCUGAAGCAAUAUCUUUAAUUUAUUAACUAGCCAUACUGACAAUACAGGCCCUUAAACUGGGUAUUGUACAUUUUUAAAGAAAACAUUCUGGACCUGAUUUCAAGAGCUGGUGUAAAUUCGUACCUUGAACUUGUUUGAAAAAUAUCAGGUGCAUUUUAGAUGGACAUGCAUGGUUGAGGUUCAUGUGAUCUGUUUUUAAUUACUCUGUAGACUUGUCUCUAGGCACAGAGAAAACAGAACAGUAUUACAGUUUGUUCCGUGAAUUUUGUUUUCUUUUCUCAACCCCUAAGCAUGUGCCAUUGCAACACACAGAAGUGACUUGCUCACCUCUGAAUUACACAGCUUGACUUCUCUAGAGAAGAUUAUAGUUACUGCAAUGCAGAAUUCACGCCAGUUAAGACUUCGUAUUUGUAACACACUGAAAGGGAUAUUGUUACGCAUACAUGUUUUUGAUGUGAGUACACAGGUUUGCCUUCAGUUUUUUUGAGCUAUAGACUAAAAGUGACUGACAUACCAACACCAGUUUUUUUUCUGAGAUACUGUUGCUAAAAUCAUACCAGAAUACAUUUACCCAUACUUCUGACAGGUUUGCAUGCAUUCUGUCCCACAAUAACAAGGCUAAGUCUUCACAAGCAAGCACAGAAUCCAUACUGUUAACUAUUGUAUUUUUAUUUUGAUCGCUCUUUCUGGGGUCUGUGUGGUUACUCAAAUCUGGUUUUGUGUGAACAUUGUAUAAUUUGUAUAUAUAUAUAUAUAUAUAUAUAAAGAUUAAUAAAAAUGAAGAUUUCUGGAUACAAAA